AUGCCCAAGAAACACCGUGUCAAGCGACAAAACUAUGUCGCACACCUGUGCAAGCUCGAGAAGGAGCGCGAGACGUACUUGGCGAAGCGCCGCGCGCUCAAGCGCAGCCGUGAGACAGACUGCGAAGAGGCCAUGUGUGAAACGCACAACAGAGUGGAGGCUGGUGUAGCCAAGAAGCGUCGCACCGAGGCUGAUGCCUCUACAGCGGUGAAUGCGACGAGUGAAGAGGAAGCUGUGCAGCAUGCGCACUCCACCCCGGUAACGGCAGCAAGAAGUGCUGCGACCGCUGAGGCGGGGCCUGCAAAGAGGGAUUUCUUCUCUACAAAGCCAUUCGCAGAGUUGAUGAAGGCUUCCGCGGCUUCUGCGCAAAUGUCCGAUGCAGCUCUCUCGGACAUGCCAGCAACCGUCAUAUCGGCAAAGAAGACGCUCAAGCGCCGCCACUACUGA